AUCGCCGCCUCAGCAUUCCCGGGAAGUCAGGGUCCCUUCCCCCCUCCCCCCGCCUCGCCGCCCGCCCGUCUGCAAAUCUUUCGACAGCACGACCACCUCCCUCCCUCCCUCCCAACAACAACAAAAGCGCCCGCCCACGAUGGCCUCAGUGUUCGCAUGGGGCGCCGGCGCCGCGGCCGCAGCCUUCCUCGGCCGCGCCGGACUCGUCGCAUGGCGGCGCUCCCGCGGGGGCGUCGGCGCCAUGGGCAAGGCCUUUUACAAGGGCGGCUUCGAGCCCAAGAUGAACAAGAAGGAGGCGUCCCUCAUCCUGUCUCUCAAUGAGCGCUCCCUCAGCAAGGAAAAGGUCCGCAAGGCACACCGCACGCUUAUGCUGCUCAACCACCCCGAUCGCGGCGGCAGCCCAUACCUCGCGACAAAGGUCAACGAGGCCAAGGAGUUCCUCGACAAGCAAGUGCCCUGAGCGGGAAAGCGACUCUCACCCUCGACCCCAAAACUACUAGUCUGGGCCAAUACUCAGUCCGACUGAGCGACACGAGGACUACAUAAAAGCAUCGGGUCGCGUCCGUGUCUCCGAUGGCGCAAAGGGCCGCACAUGGGGAGAACCUGUACAGUAUAUGGUUACAUAGCGAUGGCGUUUGCUGGGUUGUUUCGAAAGCUAGCUAGCUAGAGUAGUGUGGCCUGUUGGACGAGACGUCUACUAGGCCAGCACGAUGUUGUUGCAUAAUUCAGAGGUUGCCCACGCGCAACCAAACUCGCUCCUCGCUCAUAUCUCAAUACUAGUUCCCCCGAG